GAAAAAAGAGGAUCGAGGAAGCUGGCCAGGGUUUUCAACUCAAAGCUUCACUUUUCCUGGAACAUUCCAUUUUGCCCGAAGCUCUACUUGAUGAGUAGCGAAAUUUCGCUUGAAACGCCGACCUUCAACCUAUGUUGUACUACUUUUGAAGUGAAGUUUUUGAUCCGCCUCGCUCUCUGUGCGUCUCGACCUCGCUCUCAAGGGGCAGAAGGCCGCCAUUGUUUAUGAGAGACUGUGCUACCACCAGAUUUCCCCCAUUGACAAACUUGGUUUUGAAUUCGAAAUACUUGGCUACAUACUCGGGAAAGUCUGUGACUCAGUGUGUCUAUUUUGUUUCCUCGCACAGCAGUUCCUGUACCUUGGCACUGGCACCUGGCAUGGAUGCAACUCCGUACUCUGUUACAGUGCCAACAAAUGAGAUUGAAACCCGCCUGGUCUCGUCUACUACCAAUACCAACCAAUAAAUCCGCUUUGUUGGUCACGCAAAGCCAACCUUUAUCAUCGCCAUUUGGGGAUACAUUUCAUUUGACAAAUCCAAUCCGGCACGGAACUGUGAUUUCAGCUCUCACAGCUGGCGCUUGAAUUUGUCGCUCGACGACUAUGUUUCUCAAACCGCGACCGACCACGGUGCGUGCAUUAUUACGGCAAUAAUAGGGUUCAAUGAAUGUUAGUUACCGUGUGCGAAGGAAUGCGGGGUCUUGUUCUUCUGUUUACAAACAGCCUUGAAUGGUCCCAGGCUCCCUUCUCAACGCGGGGCUCCUCCCAAUGAUCGAGACAAUGACGCAUGAUACAGGGAAAAUCAUCAUCAUGAGCUUAAGGGGAAUUAUACUUAACAAUCCAGGUCCCGCAUAUCUGUUUAUCCAGCGAUGAAGCGACAAAGAAGUGCGGAAACAAAACUUAGAUCCCGAGCCCCUAGUUACAUGCGAAAUCCCGGGGGUAGAAGCAGAGAACUGAGGAUAAAGAAGGUUAUGUCGAUACCCUUGGCACACCAAAGCCCUUCAACGCAGAGAAACAUAUAAAGAAGACGUGCGUAGCGGCCUGUCCAUCAAGUCCCUCGGAAAUCGCUACCCCUUCCACUUCAGCCAGCAAGCAUCGAACCGUCCCGACGCGCAGCGCUAUAUCCAAUUACUUUCAAACGCGAGAAAACACCCGAUUCUCCUUCUAAAUAUGUUCUGGCUGGAAGCCAUUGCGUUCGCCACUGCGGCUCUCCUGGCAAGUGUCUCCGCCGCCCCAGCGCCGGAUAUCGCUGAGAGGGCUGACCGAUGCGAGUCUGGAGUAUGUUAUGUCGAUAAGCCCACAUGGUGUCAGGAAGGAUGGGAACCAGUGCACUUCCGGGUGACCGGCUGCUGGGUUUGCUGCACAAAGAGAUGAGGUGGACAACGAUCUGGAUGUCUCUCAGUUUAGAUAUGUUGACAAAGGGAUUUUUGGGAACUUCCUGUGAUCAGGGAUAUGGGUACCCCGUCCUCUAUGCACAGUACACAUAAGGCAUUGGGACAAUGUCAUAUAUGAUGGGCAUGUUCACAAGUCAAGAUAAUAA